AUGAACAAGGAGAAUAUGGCAAAGUAUGCUAUAAAACAAUUUAUUGGUAAUCAGCAACAGCAGCAAUCUGCAAACCAUAGGCAAACUACAGAGCAGAUACAACUGGAGCAACAUCAAAAGAAGCGUUGGUGGAAUAAAGCUGAAUCACCCGAUGCUAUUCUUUCGCCUCACGAAAGAGACAUUUUGAAACGAGUAAAAAAGAGAGCUAUUCUUUUGGACAAGGGCAUGAACUGCUGCUGCUGUCAAAUUGGCUUGGAUGGCAUCGUUGGUUUAUUCCCGGUAGUGGGAGAUGCUUUGGGCGUAUUGUUAGCAUUGCAAGUGGUUCAUAUGGCUAUGGAGGCUGAUUUGCCAACCUCGAUAGUAUCAAAGAUGAUGUUCAACAUUACAUUUGAUUUCUUUAUUGGUGUUGUCCCUGUCGUUGGUGAUGUUCUAGACAUCAUGUUCAAAGCAAAUACCAAAAAUGCUAUACUCUUAGAGGAUUAUCUGAUCAAAAGAAAAAAAGGCUUGGUAGGUCCUUCUACAGGAUCAAAAAGAGAGGCAUUGCUACCUACUCAUCAUGAUACAUCUGGCGCUUCUGCUUCAACAACAUUCCGUUAA